CUUUUGACUUGCAAGCCCUGUCCCAAGUAGCUUUCCUGUUUAUUCCACAUGCUUGGGCGGAGACUCAGGCUUGAAAACCCCCUUUUCCCAUAGUCAUCUCAAGUUUUAGCCAACCUGCCCUACCCUGUCACACCCUGAAGGCAUCAUUAGCCAUAUCGUGUUAAUUACCCGCCCCAUUCUCUUAUUCCUCACUCUCUGGUGUUCUUGGCGUACGAUAUGACGACCGAAACAUCAAAUGAACGCCUCAACAGGCUGCAAGAGGCAGACCUAGGGACGGCUCGAAGAGAAUACAUUUCCACCGUCGAUCGUGGGUUCAAUAACAUGCGAGUGCAGGCCAUUGAGGCCUCUCGGAGGUCCAACGUACGGGGAUCAAAAGAACAACGAGUUGCCGAAGCCAACAAAACUCGGCUAGAGGGCUGGGCCAAUGUACACAAGGAAAUCGGCGACACGGCGGAUCUAGAGGAACUUGAUCACCUUUUGAAUGGCCAAAGCCACCGUUUACGGCUCGACAGCAUGUUGCGUGGGGGCAGCGUACAGCAAAUAAAACAUCCCUCUCAGGUUAAUUCGUUUAGGUCGGUAUCAGCAGCAGCUGGACCGCGUGCUGCUCCGUUGAACGAACGUUCUAACAGGGCCUCUUCAAUGGCUAUGAAAACCCCUAACCCACCUGGAAACCACAGUGGGCUAGAUCCGGCACUUAAUAAAAACAACCCUCCCAGUAACACCGCCGUACGGAAGAAAUCAGCAGGCAGAUCCGCGAGCAGUAAGGGAUUGACACCUGAGACUCUUACUGUGAGGAAACUAACGGCAACAUUGCUAAGAAUUAGGCGACCUCUGCCCAACCAUUCUGACGCGUUAAGCAUCAGUAGCAACUUCCCCCCACGAGCUAUCUCCAGCCCUGAAGACUUCCUCGCCGUCGCUCGCAUGGUCACCGCAAAUAAAACAGCAGGUAAACCACCGACUGAAAGACCGAAAGAUCAGAGCCACGCAGAUGUGGAAGGUCGUCGUGAGGGCUAUUUGUCUCCCACCCCAGAAACGGCGUCUAAGCCUAAUCAUCAAAAGUCGCCAAACGGCGGAGUGCCAUUAAGCCAAAAAUUCACACCUCGACGUGCAGUUUCUCCCAUACCAGUGAACGAGGUCGAAUCGUCUGAUAAUAGCCUGAGUUCGGGCUCGACGAACCUAGAAUCCCCUGAAGAAAAGUCUCGGGUGCCAUCUGUUAGUACAACUGACCAAGCAGAAAAGAAGGGAAGGCUGGAUACAAAACCACAAGACGCAAGCGCCAACCAGACCCCUAUCCAAAAAGAGCGCCCUCAGAAGGCUGUCGGGAUGCUCCUGGAUUUGAGCUUUGCAAACUCAAUAGAAUCUGGACCGGGGCCUGGAAUGAGCCCAGCUCUGGAAGAAUUGAAAGGCUUGGAGUUCACGAAAUCUCUCGAGUCAAAGGAGCCCCCUUCUCUUGCAGGCGUCAACAGGAAGCUUGACUUUGGCGGAGUUUUACCCAAAGAGCAGGAGUCAAAUGAGCUGAGUGAUAUAGAAGCUACCACUGACCUCGAAGAUGAUGAGGAAACAGCUGCAGAGUACCAACGCGAAAUCGAUAUAAUUUGCGAGCUCUUAGAACGCACCUCUUUGUCCGAUACAUUUCUGUCUAAACUGACGGAAUGUAAAAAAGAAUUGGAGUCCAGGAUCCAACUAAGUCGAACGCCGAAGUUAAAGACGACAGCACGAAGCGAAAAAUUCUUUACUCCCCCAACCAUUCCUGAGUCCAAGGAACUCGGAGCAUCUGUUUCGGUAGUUGCUGAAGUUACACGGACGCAUAGUCGCAACACAUCAGAGGCUCAGAUCACAACACCUCCCUCCCAAUCUCGCUUGAACGCGGCAGCACCACAAUUUAUGCCAAAGGCAUUCACAGAGUACCGGUCAUCGUCCAAUGCUACCACUGAUUCAUCUACGAGUUUCCAGCCCACGCCCACGAAGGUUAUCACCGAGCCCGAAUCGGAAUGUGCAUCGAGCGAUUUAACAAUAGUUCCGGCGAAGGUAGAUAAACCGCUGGUAGAGGCUCGUGCUGAGUCCAUUUCGCCUGAAUUCCCAACAAUCAUUCGAGUUUCUAGUGGUACCCUACUUGGAGACCAUCUACUACCUGGGGCCAGUACUAGGAAGGCAGAGCACUCUCACCUUUUCGGUGACCACCUACUUCCUGGACGUCGUGUAUUUUCCCCUCUGUUUGUGCCAUCGUUAACCAUUCCAGUAUCUGGAUCCGUCCUGGCUCAAGCAGCUGCCCCUAAUUUCGGCCCCAUUACAUUUUCACCUGCUUCCGCCCCCCGGCCACUGAAGAUUGUUGAUCCAAACGCCCAAGUAACUAGCAGGUCAACGCAUACAAACAGUUCUGCUCUCACACCGGACGCACCACACUUUGAGCCGGCGAAAAAGGCUGUCAGUACCACAACCCCGAAUCUGCCGACUCCCACUACUGCAACCAAAGUCACAGUUAAGACUGCUAAAAAAACAACCUCGAUGAUGGAGUCCAUCUACGCACCGAAGUCGGAAGUAGACUCAAGCUCCACGGGUCCAAAGAAACCCGCAGUUGGCCAAGGGCUUUCAGCCUCACGGUAUUCAGAUCCCAAAUGGAUUUAG